UGCGCGCCAGAGAUUGAGCUCCUUCCUCAAUCGGACAUCCUCUCAGGGCGACAGAUCCACCAAACCCACCCUCCAUGGCGCGCUUGCUCGUAUUCCCGCCCUCUUCCUGGAGAACACACCACCUGCCGCGUGGGGAGCCAAGGCCGACGAGAUGAUGACCUACACGCCCGAGCGGCUAAAGGGGUGAUGUCGUCAAGCCCUAGAUGGAAAUAUAUAUAUAUGGAGGGGAUCGCCGUGGCGGAGAGGGCUGAUGUGAUCUGCUCCCCCAAGCCAAGCUAAGAGGCCACUCCCCCGCCACGAUGCAGCUCAUCCAGUCCCUCCUCCUCGGCCUCUGCCUCACCGGCAGUGGCGCCGUCGCCGCGGAGCUGCCCGGCCCGCACAUGAGCCCGCUCCUGCGCCGCGGCCAGGACGGCGCGCCCGAGACGGCCCCCAAGAACGACACCAUCGCCCCGAAGCGUUUCAUCGUCGAGUUUGACCAGGACAAGGCCGGCGGUGACGCCAGACAGGCCGCCAACGCCCUCAAGUCGAGCCUGCCCAAGGGCUGCCGCGUGCUGCGCGUCUACUCGAGCGAGGUCUUCAAGGGCGCCUCGGUCGAGGUCGAGGGCAGCAACGUCGACACGCUCAACGCCCUCGACGCCGUCUCGCGCGCAUGGAACGCGCGCUACCUGACCCUGCCCGAGGAGUCGCUCGUGCCGCAGCAAAAGUUCGCGUCGUACAGCGAGGCCGCCACCGCGGGCCAGCUCAAGAACUACUCGAUCCACCACAUGACGGGCGUCGACAAGCUGCACGCUGCCGGCAUCAAGGGCAAGGGCGUCAAGAUCGCCUUUGUGGACACCGGCGUCGACUACAACCACCCGGCUCUGGGCAGUGGCUUCGGGCCUGGCCACAAGGUCGUCGGCGGCUACGACCUCGUUGGCAACGGGGACUACCCCAGGGGCCCCAAGCAGCCCGACGACGACCCAAUGGACCAGGCCGGCCACGGCACCCACGUUGCGGGCAUCAUCGCCGGCCAGGACAAGACCUUUGUUGGUGUGGCGCCUGAGUCCUCACUUCUGGCCUACAAGGUUUUUACUGCUAACGGCGGCGUCGACGAGGACACUCUCAUCGACGCCUUCCUGAUGGCCUACGAGGCCGGUGCCGACAUUAUCACCUCCUCCAUCGGCGGCGUCAACGGUUGGACGGACAGCGCGUGGGCCUCGGUUUCCUCCCGCCUGGUUGACCAGGGCGUCGUGGUGACCAUCUCGGCCGGCAACGAUGGCCAGGCGGGCGCCUUUUCGGCGAGUAGCGGCUCUUCGGGAGAAAAUGUGCUCGCAAUUGCGUCCAUCACGGCCGACACCAUCGCCUCGCCCAUGUUCAACAUGACCUUCACACUCGACGGACAGAGCAACUCCACCAUGGUGGCGUACCGCUCCGAGCAGAACUGGUACCCCUCCAAGAUCCAGGGUUGGCCAAUCACACCGCUGUCUCUCAACACCUCGGUCCAGGCCGACGCGUGCCAGCCCCUGCCGAACACGACCAAGAGCCUCGCCAACCAGGUGGUCCUUGUUCGUCGCGGCGGCUGCAACUUUGACGUGAAGCGGGUCAACCUCGAGCGCCUCAACGCGACCGCCAUCGUGUUCUACAACGAUGACAUGCCCCUCGCCAUACCCCAGCGGGCCCCGUUCGUCAUCCCCCUCAGCAACAUGACCAUGAUCACCAAGGAGGCCGGCGAGGCCAUCAUCGCCACUGUCAAGGCGGGCGGCAGCGUCACGGCCGACUUCAACCUCAACCCCAACGACCACCACUACACGGGCGCCAGCUUCUUCUGGGGCGGCAAGGCCGAUUCCUUCACCUCUCUCGGCGCCACCAACGACAUGUUCAUCAAGCCCGACGUUGCCGCCCCCGGCGGCCAGAUUCUCAGCUCCUUCCCCGGCGGCGGCUACGCCGUCCAGUCCGGCACCUCCAUGUCCUGCCCCUACGUGGCCGGCAUCGCCGCCCUCUACAUUGGCGCCCACGGCGGCUCCGCCGACCGCAAGGCCCGCGGCGGCGCCUUCGCCAAGCAGGUCGCUGCCCGCAUCCUCUCGUCGGGCGACGCCGUCGCCUGGUACGUCGACGACGGCAACGAGAAGGACUUCCACGCGCGCGCCUCGGUCGCGCAGGUCGGCACCGGCAUGGUCAACGCCACCAAGGUGCUGGGCUAUUCCACCCAGCUCUCCUUUGCCCGCUUCGCCCUGAACGACACGGCCCACUUCAACCGCGACCACAGCGUCGACAUCACCAACUCGGGCCCGGCCCCCGUCACCUACUCGUUCGAAUUGGAGGAGGCCGGCGCCAUCAACGCUGUCCAGAUCGACGACGGCGAGCACUGGGGCGCCCCGCGCAUGUCCUGGUUCGAGGAGCUCAUCCAGCAGCCGCAGCAGGUCCGCCCGGGCGUCGAGAUGCCCGCGCCCCUCACCCUCCAGCCGGGCGAGACGCGCACGGCCAGGUUCGCCUUUUCGCCACCGACCGGCGGCGACCCGGCCAGCCUGCCCCUGUACAGCGGCAAGGUUCUCGUCAAGGGCGACAAUGGCGAGACCCUGAGCGUCCCCUACAUGGGCAUGGCCGCGGACAUCGUCAAGGAGCUGCCGGGCGUCUUCGACGUCAAGCCGGCCUACGAGCGCUUCACCUCUGGCGUCGAGGGCGUCCCCGUCGAGCAGAAGGCCAGCUGGACCUUCAACACCAGCCUCGCGGCCCAGGACUUCCCCGAGAUCUACGUGCGCCUGGUCUGGGCGACGCGCGAGCUGCGCAUCGACGUCUUCGAGGAGGGCUGGACCGAGGACCGCUGGGCGUACCCGCCCGCGGUCGGCAAGGACGGCUUCGUCGGCGCCGUCGCCACCUACGCGCGCCCGUUGCUGCGCGCCAAGUUCGACCCCGAGCGCAUGAACGCGAGCGAGACCAUCUCGACGCCCCUGCGCAGCCUGCCGCGCGACGUCUCGGGCAGGCCCGGCACGACGUUUUGGUGGCUGGGCCAGAUGGCCAACGGCAGCCAUAUCAACCCCGGCCGCUACCACCUCCGCGUCGCCGCGCUCAAGCCCUGGUCCGACCCGCGCAACUCGACCAGCUGGGACACGUGGACGUGGGUCCCCAAGAUCGAGGUGCUCCCGCUGGGCGCAUGA